CCGGGUCCAAAACUAAGCUAAGAUAAAAAAAAAACCAAGAGUGAAGACACGCCCAAAUAAAAAGCAUCUGAAUAGAUCCGGAAGACUCCCAACUUCCGUCAGAUGAGAAACGGCAUCCAAUCGGCGCCCGUUUCUUAGCAGCCAAUCAGCCCUCACCUUACAACGGUGCUCCGGAGAGGAGGCCUGGGCUGCUCUCUUUGUAAGGGGUAAGGUUGUCACUGCAGGGGCCAGCUCCAGUAAGUUACCAGUGCAGUGUCUUUUUUUUUUUUUUUUUUCUCUCUUUAUUUCUUUUUUUUUCUUGUGCUUGCUGCUUUUCCUUCUCCGCUCAUGUAAUGCACUCCCUGAACCAAGAAAUCAAAGCAUUCUCCCGGGAUAAUCUCAGGAAGCAGUGCACCAGGGUGACCACGCUAACUGGAAAGAAACUUAUAGAAACCUGGAAAGAUGCCACAGUUCAUGUUGUGGAGACAGAGCCCAGCGGUGGGGGUGGUUGUGGCUAUGUGCAGGACCUUACCUUGGACCUGCAAGUUGGCGUUAUUAAGCCCUGGUUGCUUCUGGGGUCACAGGAUGCUGCACAUGACCUGGAGCUACUGAGAAAGCAUAAGGUGACUCAUAUUCUCAAUGUUGCAUAUGGAGUUGAAAAUGCUUUCCUCAGUGAGUUUACAUAUAAGACCAUUUCUAUACUGGAUGUGCCUGAAACCAAUAUCCUGUCUUAUUUUCCAGAAUGUUUUGAGUUUAUUGAGCAAGCAAAACUGAAGGAUGGCGUGGUUCUCGUGCACUGUAAUGCAGGUGUUUCCAGGGCUGCUGCAAUUGUCAUUGGCUUCCUCAUGAGUUCUGAAGAAGUCGCUUUCACCACUGCCCUGUCGUUGGUGAAAGAGGCGAGACCAUCCAUAUGUCCGAAUCCUGGCUUCAUGGAACAACUCUGCACCUACCAAGUAGGCAAGGAGAGCAAUGGAGGUGACAAAGGGCCCGCUGUGGACACGGCCUGUGGUCUGUGAUCUGUACUCCAGCAGAGGCAAACGACUUCUGCAUCAGACUCUGUCCUCUUGCCUGUGUUUUGGAAGGAAACUUGGAAAACUUCCCUUUUCUGUUGUCUUUUACCAGUGGAAAUGAAUGUUACUUUUGUUGCCCUGAAUUACUACAUUUUAAAGUUUUACCUUUUCCUUGUUAUUUCAGUAUCUAGUUAAGUGUUUCUUUGAGUUGUAAGAGAAAAUAGUGUAUUAUCAAGUCAGUAAAUCACUGGUUUGUGUAGGAAAACGUUUAAACCUAAAAACCUUCCUUAGAGUUAGAAAAACAAGCCAUGACACCUUUUAACCCCUUCUUUUCUCAUAUGCUUUCUGGCCUGAGAACCUUUGAAGUCAUGAACUUACUAAGUGAAGACUUAGCAUUUCAAAGGGAAGUAAAAUUUUUGAGAAUAUUUUUAAGGUUAAAAAUAAUACCUGUACCUCCUCCCCCCACCCCCUGCCAAGAGUACCAGAAUCAAAAGGAAUUUAUAAUCAUUAUAUAAACAUUUAUAUAAUGAUUAUAAAUUCAUGUGAUCUUUAUAUCCUCUUAUUCCAUUUUCACUUUUUUUUCAUUUUGACUUUUAAAUUUGGUCCUAUUACAAACAUUUCUCUUAUAUUCUUCAAGUGAUUGUGUAGAUACUGUGAUUUUAUGAUUUUUUAAAAGUUAGGUGUUAUCUCUUAUACUUUGUGGGUUUUUUUUUUAAUUUCAACUUUUUUUUAUUAAAUUAUUUUAUUUAUUUACAUUCCAAAUAUUACCCCCAACCUGGGUCUCCCCCCGACCCACACCAGAGUUGUUCAUCCCAUCUGCCCCUUUGCCUGAGAGGGUGCUCCCCCCACCCACUCCCGCACACUUCAAGCUUUUUAACUAGGGUGCUAAGUGUUCUGUUUAGCACCUGCCAUGCUUUUGGGGUUUCCUUGGAUCCCUAAAAACUGCAUUAUAGUGAGAGAAGAUUUUUGAAGAUGGAAUCUUAAGAUUGAUCUAUUUUAUAUUUCAGUAUUCUGCUGGAGAACAUGUUUUAGGAAAACAAAUAUGAACCCAUAGCAAGCUGUAAAGAUUGUUGGGCUGCUUAACAUUAUACACAUUGCUUCCUAGAGGAACACUUGAAAGAGGUUUCUUUUCCCUUUAAUGUUCCCAUUAACCAAGUUGAACUAUGUACAUUAUAAAUUUGCUUCAAGGCUUUGAACUUGGGCCCGGGAAUUGCAGAUCCAGUGGCAGAGUGCAUGCUUAGUUUGCCAAAGGCCCUGACCUCCAUCAUCAGCAACACACACCCUCGAAUAAAUCUUUUACAAUUUUAUGUAA